AUGUGCAACCGAUCGAUGGUCCUGGAGCUCCUGCUGGUGGUUACCCUCGCAUCCUCGGCACUCAGUGCUGCUGCCUGCUCAUGGCGAGCAGCCGGAAGCAACUGGUUCGGAGGCGAAAUCUGUAUCCUGCAGAAAGUGUACGACGACUGCCAGGAGAAGAGUGACUUCACCGAUUGCCUGAAGCAGAAAGCAGUGACAUCGCUGUCGAGAGCGCUUGAUAUGGAUUCCAUUCAACUGGUCGAUGGAGUGACCCUAGUCAAACAAAAUUCCUCGGAUGAUGCUGAAAAUGAAGCCGUUCCUGCGUUAGCGGAAGCCCGUGGAUUGGAAGACCUGAGCAGCACCGACCGAACGCUUUUGCAGAAGCUAGACCGAUUCCUGAAGACGCACACCGUCAAACUGGAUCUGGCAACCAAUGAAGGUCGUGGCAGUGGAGGCAAGAAGAAUGGCAGCAGAUACAUCAUUGCCGCUAUACUGACAGCCAUGGGCAUUGCUGGACCGAUCGGUCUCAAGACCCUCGGUGCUAUUGCAUUCAAAGCUCUUGUCAUCUCCAAGGUGGCCCUUACCAUUGCCAGUAUCCUGGCGCUGAAGAAAAUCUUCAAGGCCGAUCAUCACGAGGAAACUAGCUUCCAGGUGCACACUGGUCACGAAAACCGCCGAAAUACCUAUUUCGUGCGUCCUGUUCGGGCUUCCGUGGAUCCGUACCGGUACUACUACGAACAACCAGUAGUUUACUAA